UAAAGUGCUUACAUAUUAGCGUUUGAGUCGACCAUACACUGGACAUACAGAGUAUAGCGCACAGAAUCGCAUAGACUUUAUAUCGAUUUUCACUGCAGUUAUGAUGUCUGACUAAAAAGUGCCAAAUAUUUACAUUAAUUUUGUUUAAAAUUGUGAAUAAUACACUGUAAUUACUAAUAUUAAUUUACUACCAGAAUUGAGCAAAUAUGAUGCAAAUGAAAGGGGAGCCAAUUCACAACGGAUUGAAUCCGGAAGCCGAAACACGUUUUCGAUGUGUGAAGAUGACCCUCGUCGGGAUCCACUCAACAUUCCUGGUGUUAAUGUGCAUCGCGGCCGUUAUUUUUAUCGCCACCUCCUCAUCCGAUCGUAACAACCGUAAAGUCGAUGUCGAUGCCAUCCUCAUCGGUAUCGUACGCGAGAACAAGACCAUUGUAUUCGUGUAUCUGGUGCUGGGGGUCAUUGGCAUCGUUUUCAACCUGUUCAUUCAGCCCAUGUCCACUAAUAUACUCAGCAUUAUAGUGGUCUCAUUGACCGCUUAUUUUGCUUAUAUGAUCGUCAAGAAGGACAGACAAGUCGUCUAA